CAUAUCUUCUCCUUUUUCACCUUUUUCAUUGGUGUGAAAGAAAAAAGGAGAAAAAAAUACUAUUUUUUAAUUUAUCUUCUUGUUUUAGCCCUUUCACACUGAGGACGAAAUUGUUUAAUAAUUGUUGGAUCGGGAAAGUAAAAUCAUUGUGAAUUCGUUAUAAUUUAGGGGCCAAAAUCUACAAAUUCAAGAUAAAUUAAUAAAUAAAUAAUUAAAAAUGCUUGAUGUGGAUGAAAGAUGGGAAUAUAUGUAAUCUGUUGUUCCGUUUUCGUGUUUCGUCGCCCGUUUGUCUGUGGCUGGCGACUCGAUCAUUCCGCCGUUUGUCCGACGGCAACGCUCCGUGUUAGUCUAACGAAUCCUUCUCCGAACCUGAAGAUCACGUCCAAAUUUAAUAAGAUUUUCAUUUCCUCCUCCUCCCUAAUUUAAUUACUAAUUACUAAUUAGCGUUAUUGGGUCCCACUGUUUUAUCCACGGCGGCAGCUAUUCCCGUAAUCCCCGGACUACCCUCCCGCGGAAAUUCUCUGGACUAUCAAUUGCUCCGGCGGAGAAGAGAAACGGAGAUUUUUAGCUAAACGACUGCCGGAGUUAUGUCUGUCGCUCCCGCCGCCACGAAUCUCCGGCUUCUCCACAUUUCUAGCUCGGCUGUCGUUCCGAGGCAGUGUCCAGCUCCUUCCUCGGUUCAAUUAGUUGGUCGGAGUUCGAAUAGCCGGUGGUUCAAGCCGCCUUUGCGAGCGGCGCUGCAGACUUCUCUUGUUCUUCGAGAGGAAGGAGAAUCAGGCGGCGGUGCGGCGACUCUCCGGGAGCUCUGCCGAGGACACGUGCCGGACCACGUGCUGAGCAGGGCGGAAGGGAUUGGAUAUGUUAUGCCGACGGAUGUACAGAGGCAAGCUCUGCCUGUUUUGCUUAGUGGGCGGGACUGUGUUAUUCAUGCUCAGACAGGUUCUGGGAAGACACUGGCGUACUUGCUGUUGGUAUUCUCAGUUGUGAAAGCUCAGAGAUCCGCUGUGCAGGCACUGAUUGUGGUGCCUACUCGGGAGCUAGGAAUGCAAGUUACGAAAGUGGCUCGAAUGUUGGCUUCAAAGGCUGUGGAUAAUGACCUGGAGGAGAAGUCGUCGUGCACUGUCAUGGCUCUUUUAGACGGAGGGAUGCUGAGAAGACAUAAGAGUUGGUUAAAGGCGGAACCACCUUCUGUUGUGGUAGCAACAAUAGCGAGUUUGUGUCAAAUGCUUGACAAGCAGAUAUUUAAGCUCGAUGCGCUGGAGGCUCUGGUUAUAGAUGAAGUAGAUUUCUUGUUUAACUCUUCGAAGCAAGUCAGUUCCCUUAAAAAGAUUCUGACCUCAUAUUCAUCGAGCAGCAAACGCCAAACUGUUUUUGCUAGUGCAUCCAUCCCGCAGCACAAACGAUUUGUUUAUGACUGCAUCCAACAGAAGUGGACCAAGAGAGAUGUAGUCCAUGUGCAUGUCAAUGCGAUUAAGCCGUUGCCAUCCUGCUUGCAACACAAAUUCGUGGUAUGCACUAAAAAGCAGAAACAUGUGGUUCUGCUAUCCUUGUUACAUUCUGAUGCUCCCAAGUCCGCAAUUGUUUUUGUUGGUGAACAGUCUGAGAAGUCAAAAAAGGCUGGGAAUGGUCCAUCAACUGUACUUCUAGUUGAUUUCUUGAAAACUUCUUAUAGAGGUAGCUCAGAUGUCCUGCUUUUGGAGGAGGACAUGAAUUUCAAUUCUCGGGCAGCUUCACUUUCGGAAUUGAGGGAAGGGGAAGGUUAUCUUCUUGUAGCAACAGAUAUAGCUGCAAGAGGAGUGGAUUUGCCUGAAACAACUCAUAUCUACAACUUUGAUCUACCAAGAACUGCAGUUGACUACCUUCAUCGAGCUGGAAGAACCGGUAGGAAACCCUUUUCAGAUGAGAAAUGUAAUGUUACCAGCAUUAUUACGCUUGAGGAGCGAUUCGUUUUGCAGAGAUACGAGAAUGAACUGAUGUUUAACUGCGAAGAAGUAAUCAUUUAAUUCAAGUGUUGGUUCUUUUUUAUUCUGGAAUCAAAUUGUUGCGUACAAGUGCCAAUCUCUGCUUCAUCUUUUUCUUGUCGAGAAAAAGAUUUGAUCUUCAGUUGGUUUAGUAUAUGGGAAAGAACUUAACACGUUGUAUUGAAAUUUAUGAAACAAGUCAUGUUGCAUAUUUUUCCUGUUCGGAACUUGGCCUUAUCAGUGUCUUCUGCUAUCUCACGUCUCAAACAUCAACAAAAGAAUUACAACGGUGAAGGAAGUGAUUUUUAUAUUACAAAUCCAUCUUCUAUGACUGCGUUUUUAAAUAUAACUGUAACCCCAGA